AAUCUGUCAAUUGUUGAAGAUCAGGUCACUUGAGAUUCUUUGAUUCAAGUCAAGAACAUUUCAAUAUGUUGAACAUGUUUAUUCUAUUCUUGAUGAUUGCAUCUGCUAAUGCAAUUGGUUGGCCAAGUGGAAGAUACUCGCUUCCGAAAUCAAAAUCAGGAUGCCCACAUGGAUGGUCAGAUGGAUGCAGGUACCAGGACAAUGAAGAUACACAUAAUAUCAACUCUGUUACCCCAUCAGAUCCGGACCAUCAUUUCUAUGGUUUUUUUGGUAGAAACACAAGAAUGUGUUACUGUACAAAAACGACUUAUAGCGGAUCAGGUUCCUGGCCAAGUGGAAAUUAUUGUAUUGCGAGAUAUGGUGGUUCGUGUCCUUCAGGAUUUUCUAAUGGAUCAAUCUACUGGGACGACGAGGACAACGCAAAUGCCAACUCAAAAUGGGGUGUACUCCCAGAUGGGGAAUACGGCAGAAACACUCAAAUACAGUACUGUUGCAGGUCUGAUGGAUCAACAUACAGUAGCAUUAACCUCCCAACAAGUGAUCCUUUCUAUCUGUACAAGUAUACAUCGACAUGCCAGCGUGUACGUGGAAUGACCGUCCAACAAGAAUCUGUGAAGAUGGAUGACGAGGAUAACCAGAACAACAGCAGUGAUGAUGGAACUCAUCCAAGUAAAUCUGACACAACCAAAGUAGACUACUGUUACUAUUCGUAGUGAUUACAAUCCUCCAUUGCUAGCAUUCCUUAUACAAUGAUCUUUCACUCGACUCUGACUUUUAUUCCUUAUAUUAACUGGUUUGAGUUUCUAGAUACUUGAUUUCUUGUCGGACUUGUGUGAUUUGUUUAAGCAUGUUUCUAUACUGUAACAUUAAAAAAUGAUAUCUUA